AUGACCACAGCCGUCAACAGAGCCAGGACACAGCUCAACUUUUUAUUUAAUGACACAGGAACAAUGGAACUGAUGGAGGUCAAAGUGAAUGCACAAUCUGAAGGUCUGAAUUCCAUAUACAGUGACGUGACAGUGACGCAUGACAGGGAUCCCAAAAGAGUCAACAAGAGUCUGAAGGUCACAUUUGAGGAUGUAAUUGCAGAGCCUCCCUCGGUGCGGAGCUUUGAUAACGUGUGGUUGUGGAGUCACGCCCUGUUUGAGGUGUCCAGACUGUGGAUCUACCGCUUCAUAUGUAUCUUGGCAGUGCCAGUCUCACUGGCAGCAGGGAUCCUCUUUGCUGUGCUCAGCUGCCUUCACAUCUGGUUAAUCAUGCCCUGUGUACAGCUCCUUCUCAUCAACAUGCACUGGGUUCAAACUGUGUGGGGCAGCAUACUUAAAAUUCUCAUCAGCCCCUUAUUUAUUAGUAUUGGAAAGAGCUGUGGUCGAAUCACCAUCCAUCUGGCAAAAGAUAAAGACAAAUAG